CCCCGCAGCUCAAGGUCGCUCUGUGGGGCCGGUUCGGGCGCGCACCUUGUCUCUUGGCGAACUCGCCGGCGACAUGGUGGGGUACACGCCGGAUGAGAAGCUGCGGCUACAGCAGCUGCGGGAGCUGAGGAGGCGAUGGCUGAAGGACCAGGAGCUGAGCGCCCGGGAGCCCGUGUUGCCCCCGCGCAGGAUGUGGCCGCUGGAGCAAUUCUGGAAUAACUUUUUGCGAGACGGGGCCCCGUGGAAGAACAUGAUCUUUAAGGCGUACCGGUCCAGUCUCUUCACUGUUUCUCAUGUGCUUGUACCUCUCUGGUUUAUUCACUAUUAUGUCAAGUAUCAUUUGGCUACAAAACCAUAUGCCAUUGUUGAAAAGAAGCAAAGAAUAUUCCCAGGUGAUACAAUUCUGGAGACUGGAGAAGUGAUUCCACCAAUGAAAGAUUUUCCUGAUCAACAUCACUGAAGAGCGCCUACAAAUGUAAAAGACUUGUGUAACGGCACAAGUAUGUUCCUAAAGAGCUGUAUUUACUGAAUCUGCUUCCUGGAAAAGUAACUAAUAAAGCUUAUUCCCGGAG